AUGUAUUCACCUGGGCAAAGCGGAAAUGAAUUGUUAGUGGAUCCACACUGCAUCACAUGGAUAAAAGGUGUGAUUCAAGACAAGUUGGCAAAAUCAAAAGACAUGUCUUUGAAAUGGACAUCGGAAAAUCAAAAAACAGCAGCAGACUUUCUGUUGCAUGAGGAACAUCAAAUUUUGUUUGCGUUUGUAAAUAACAAUCAGUACAUCACAACAAUGAAUUUUGAGCAAGCAAAAAAGGGAUCAUGGGAAUCGCUAAUAUUCUUUUUGAAAGAUUCUUCGGAAGGAGAAAAGAUCACUCUGGACAAUAUUGCGAGCGUCAUGUCCUUUGGAAUACUAACACAAGAGCUAUUGGGUGAUUUUUUGGUGUUAAUGAAGAAUUAUUUUGCACCAGAUCUUAUUGAAUGUAAAACGAACUGGCCUGAAAGUUCUACCGUUCUCUAUGUACCCAUCGAAGAAAUUGAUAUUGAAAAUGCUAGGAAUCAAAAAGACCUUGUUCAAAGAUUGGAGGCAGCACUGAUGCAUUGGACCACUCAAAUCAAAGAAGUGGUCAGCGAAAAAGAUUCUUAUGGAGAGCACGGAGACAAUGCAAGGCCAUUGUCGGAAAUUGAAUACUGGCGCUCAAGAGCAGACGAUUUGAUAAAUAUCAAAAAACAAAUCCAAAGAGAAGACGUUCAAAAAAUAGUAACCGUUCUUUCGGGAUCUUCCUAUCUCACCACCUUCGAAAAACUUUCAACAGAAAUACAAAAAGGAUCUGAUGAAGCUUUGGAUAACUUGAAAUUCUUGAGAGCACUGCAAGAGCCAUGUGAAAGAUUGGCCUCUUGUGAGCCAUCACAAAUAAUAGAUAUUGUUCCCGAAAUUUUGUGGACUGUACAAUUAAUUAAUGCAAAUUCGAACAGCUAUAACACCUCCGAAAGAAUUUCUGGGUUGUUAAAGAAGAUUAGCAAUGAAAUUAUUCACAUAUGUACAGGCAAAAUAUCGCUGACCAACAUUUUUAAUGGAAAUGUGGAGAAGUGUAUGGAAACAUUGCAUCAGAGCAUCAGAGCUGGAGAGUUUUGGAAGAGAUUAUGUCUUGAUGAGAGUGAUGUAGAAGGAUUUAAUUAUGACAAGAGUAGUGUUUUUUCGGAAAUUGACGCUUUUGUUGUCCGAUGUGGCGAAUUAUUAGAAGUGUGUGAAGCUCAAUUACAAUUUGGAUGUUUUUCUGUGUCGACAGAUAACAGUACCAAUGGGCUCCCUAAUUUUGGAGGAACCAGAGGACCAGAAAUUACAAAAAGUCUCGUAGAUAUUAGAAUAUCUUUCCAAAAGUUAAUUAACGACCUGAGCAAUCUUAAAUAUCCAAUACUCGAUGUGAAAUCUACCAAUUGGCAUGAUGACUACAAAAAAUUUAAGAAUGGUAUCAAGGAUUUGGAAACGAUGAUGAACACCAUAAUUUCCAAUGCAUUCGAAACGGUAACGGACAUACAAAAUGGUAUUGAAUUGUUAGAAGCAUUUUCUUAUUUGGCAAAGAGAGAAUCCAUUCGAAGAAGUAUUGAUUCCAAAACUCAACUGAUUUGUCUCAAAUUCAUCAAGGAAUUGGAAGAUGUUCAAAAGAUUUUUGAGCUCAAUAGAAAAAAUCCACCAAUACCAUUUAUUUAUCCUUCGUACUCAGGGUCAGCACUCUGGGCAAAGAGAUUACAAGACAGAAUUAAGAGAGACAAGAUGUUAUUGGAUCGUGCUCACUUUUUGACAAGAACAAAAGAGCACACGGAAGUGGACAAGAAAUACCAACAAGUUUAUUCAAACUUAGAAAAACACAUACUUUCCAUGUUUGAAGCAUGGAGCCAUUCAUUUCAAGGUUCAGAAUUACAUUUAAAAUUAGAAAUACCUCUUUUAACCAAAAAAGAUGGACUUUUAUCCGUUAAUUUUGAUCCUAGUCUGUUAAACAUUUUUGAAGAAGUGAAAUAUUGGCAAAGGUUCUCCAACUUUGAUAUCAAUGCCCAAGCAUUGGAGCUCUACUGCUAUGCAGAUAAGAUGCGUCUGUACAGAGAGAACGUUAUGCUUGUAGCGAGAGAUUAUAAUAGCAUUGUAUCUUGUCUAUCACAACAGGAAGCAAGGUUGUUUGUGAGAUAUAUUAAAGAAAUUGACAAGCAAAUACUUCCUGGAUUGCAUACGUUAGGAUGGACACUAAAGAUGCACAACGAACAUUUCAUUUCGGAAUCAAGAAAGAAAUGUAAAGAAGUGAAGGAUAUCGUCACUGAAUUUAAAACCAAUGUCACUCAAAUUUAUCUCAAUUGUAAGAAAAUGGCUGAUACUUUGCUGAUCAAGAUUGAAAAUAAGAAAGUCUACGAUGGUGAAUCAAAUGAAUUUGAGAGAGAACAAGAGACUUAUAGAAAAAUUGUUAAGGAAGAACUGGUUCGAUGUCAUGAAAAUAUCGUUUCUAGAAUGGUCAAGUUGUACAGCUAUUUCAGUAAUUCAGGAAAUGAUAUUUAUGACGAAUGGUGGUCAUUUGUGGAUCAUGUGGAAAGAAAAAUUGAUCAAUCACUUCGGUUAACAGUGAAACGAUCUUUGCAAAGACUUCUCAACUCGAUUAAUGGCAUUGAUUCAGAUAAAACAACCGAAGGAAAUGGAGGACUCAAUAGAAAUCCUCUCUUCUUGGUGAGAGUGGAUUUGAAAGAGGAAAAUGAAGAUGAAGUGAAUCCAGGUUUAACUCCAAAUAUUAAGGAACUCAUGACAAUGGUCACAGGUGUCAAUGGAGAAACUACCAAAGUGGUUACCAUUGUUCCUCGAUUGAAGAAUGUACUCAAGGGAAUGUUGUUGGAACAAGUUCGUAAGGAAAGACCAGAAGAUGACAAGAUUGACCCACAUUUAUUCGUUCCUGAAGAAGGAUCCACAAACUAUUAUGAUAAGAACAUUGAAAUUGAUCCAGAUAUCAUCAAAUCGAUUGUCUCUAUCAUGGAAGGAAUGGAUGCAAUUACCUCUCGAGUGACAGAUAAUCUCAACGAAUGGAAAGAUGCUUUCAAAAUUAUUUGGAGCGUUGAUAAGGACAACUUUAUCCGAAGAUUUGGUAUUCCUCAUAAUCGUACUGCUAAAUCUUUUGAACAAGAAAUUGAAAAGUAUAAGCAAUAUCAUCAAGACAUUCAAAACAAAGAUCCUACCAUGUACAUUGGUUAUUUACAACUUGAUUUUAUGCCACUCAAACAGACCUUAUUCAUGGAAUGUAAUUUAUGGCAAUCCAAGUUACUUGAUCUUCUUCAUACCAACUCGAAGAAGGAGUUGGACAAGAAUUAUGAACUUUUCGAAAAGAAUGGAAAGUUGUUAAGAGAAGAACCAAGAAAUUUAGAAACUUUGGAAAAGAAAAUGGAACUUGUUUCAAGAAUGGAAACGGAAUAUCCAAAGAAGAAGGCUGGUUUUGCUCCAUUGUACGAUCAAUAUGAAUUACUUCGAAAUUAUGAUGUUAAAAUUGAUGAAAGUGAACAAGAGAAUUUAGACAUGCUCACAGAAAAUAGUAAUCGAUUUGAAGAAUUGAUUGAAAAAGCUAAAGGAGAGCUUGAAAAUCAAAAAGAAACAUUCCGCAUGAAAUUGAGAGCAAAUGUUGAUAUAUUUGCAAACACUCUCUUACAACUUAAGGCCGAAUUUGAAAACUCAGCUCCUUUUUCAUCUCAAUACACUUUCAAAGAUGCAAAGGCAGUUCUCGAUGCAUUUAGAGAUAAAGUGGAAAUGAAAAAGAAAGAAGAAGAGAAACUCAAGAAUGGAUUAAGAAUAUUUAACAUGCAGCCACAACAGUACAAGGAAAUUAAGGAUGUUUCCAAGAACAUUGAAUCUCUUGAAAAAGUAUGGAUCAUUAAAAACGAAUGGGACAAAACUUAUGAGGAAUGGAAAGUGAUGCCUUUCACAAAAUUGAACAUUGAAGAAAUGGAAAAUGCUGCCUCUGCUUUAACUUCAAAAUUAACAGCCAUGGGACGAGAAGUUAAAGACUGGGGAGUGUAUAACACCCUUGUGGACAAGUUAAAGUUGAUCUCUAAAGUAUUGCCAUUGGUACAAGAACUAAAGAAUCCAGCCAUGCGAAGACGUCAUUGGAAUGAACUGAAAGAUAUCAUCAAACAAGAUUUUGAAGAAAACUCCAAAGAUUUUAACUUUGAGAAAAUUUUCAAGUUGAGCUUGGAGAAUUAUGUGGAUGAUAUUUCAACCAUUUCUCAUAGAGCCAGCCAAGAAUUACUAAUUGAGAAGGAAAUUAAGAAGAUUAGUGAUAUUUGGUCCAACACCACUCUCGAUAUUGUACCAUAUAAGGAAAUUUAUUUCAAACUUCAAUCUGUGGAGAAUAUUUAUAUGAAUUUAGAUGAUAACGUUGCAUCUCUAGGAAGUAUGAAACUAAAUCCAUUCAUUACUUCAUUCCAAAGCGAUGUAAAAUUCUGGGAAGAAACACUCGCUAAAAUUAAUGAAGUCAUUGAUCUACUCAUAUUGGUGCAAAGACAAUGGAUUUAUUUGCUAAACAUUUUUGAUGUUGAAGACAUUCAAAAGCAAUUACACAAUGAGUUUGGAGUAUUCAAGUCUGUCAAUUCAAGUUGGAAGAAUUUAAUGAAGUCUCUCAGUGAUAAUAAGGGAAUUGUUGCAAUUGCCAAGAGAGAUGGUAUUAAUAUAUUACUCACAGAAAUGAAUGCAAAAUUAGAACAAAUACAAAAACAACUCGAUGGAUACUUGGAAUUGAAACGUCAAGAGUUCCCAAGAUUCUAUUUCUUGUCGGAUGAUGAUCUCCUUCAAAUUUUGGGUCAAAGCAAAGAUCCAAAUGCCAUGCAAAGACAUUUAUCCAACCUUUUUGAAGGCAUCAAAUCUCUCAAAAUUGAAAAAUCAAGCGAUUCUAGACAAUUUGGAUUUUUUGCUAAAAGCUUUAUCAGCAAGGAAGGAGAACACAUUGAGUUUAAUCAUCCAGUUCCAUUAGAAGGCAAUGUAGAAAAGUGGCUUUCUCAAAUCGAGUCUUCCAUGAAAUCAACCAUUAAGAGAGGAAUUUUGAAAUGUUACUCUGCUUUGAAAAAUUAUUCACAAGAAUCUUCGAGAGAAUCUUGGAUUAAGGAAUGGCCUGGACAAUUGACUCAUGUUGCCUCUCAAUUAUUUUGGACCAAAAAGAUUUACAAUGUACUUUCCAAACAAAAAGAACCAGCCAAGAUUCUAAAAGAAAUGAAAGUAAGAAUUCGAGCCGAAUGGUUAGAAUACCUCAAUAGUUACAGCUCUCUGAGUAGGGAUAUGAAAGGUCUCGAUCGAAUCAAAAUUGUCUCAUUAAUGACUCUUGAAAUUCAUUCACGAGAUGUGAUUGAUCGAUUGAUUCGAGCAAAAGUAACAUGUACAGAUGAUUUUGAAUGGCUGAAACAAAUUCGUUAUGAAUGGGAUGAAGAAAAAGAUGGAUGCAUCAUUUCACAAAACACCACGAACAUUGACUAUGGUUAUGAAUACAUUGGAAAUUGCAGUCGAUUGGUCAUUACACCUUUGACGGAGAGAUGUUUCCUAGCUCUCACCACUGCACUUCAACUCAAGAAGGGUGGAUGUGCCUCUGGUCCUGCAGGAACAGGUAAAAGUGAGACCAUUAAGGAUUUGGCAAAAUCCGUUGGAAAACACACUCUCAUUCUCAACUGUUCCGAUCGUUUUGAUUAUCAAUCGAUUGGAAAAACUUUUUCAGGAAUUGUUCAAAGUGGUUCAUGGUCUUGUUUUGAUGAAUUCAAUCGAUUGGAAUUGCAUGUAUUGAGUAUUGUUGCUCAACAAAUUCUUCAAAUUUUGAAUGCCGUAUCGAUGGGAGUGGAUAGUUUCAUUUUUGAAGGAAAUGAUAUUCGAAUGAAUCCAACGUGUGGUAUUUUUGUAACGAUGAAUCCAAACUAUUUGGGUCGAUCUCAACUUCCUGAUAAUUUGAAGGUACUCCUCAGACCAGUAUCCAUGAUGGUACCUGAUGCCUUACAAAUUUGUGAAAUCAAACUCUAUUCACAUGGUUUUAAAGAAACUCAAUCACUUGCCAAAAAGAUUAUCACUGCUUACAAUCUUCUCGAUGAACAAUUAUCAAAACAGCCACAUUAUGACUUUGGUUUGAGAAGUAUUUCAUCCUUAUUAAAUGCAGCAGGAGAACUCAAAAGAAAUCAAAUAAGUGAUGAUGAAGAAAUGAUUGUCAUGAUGGCAUGUAAGAGCAUGAAUCUACCAAAAUUAUUAUCCAAUGACAUUCCAAUCUUUGAUUCAAUUUUAAGAGAUUUAUUCUCAAAUAAGGAAUAUUUGGAAUCAUCCAAUCCACUCUCUGAUGCGAUUACUCAAUCUUUAGUAGAGCAAAAUUAUCAAGUUUCAAACUAUAUCAUGAACAAGUGUAUUCAAUUAGAGGAAACACUAGCAGAAAGACAUGGUGUCAUGCUCAUUGGUGAUACAUGUUCAGGAAAGACAACCACUUGGAAGACUUUACAAACAUCCAUUCCAAAGGCAUUUAAGGGUAAUGAAAUUAAAGAAUAUGUCAUCAAUCCCAAGUCUCUUAGCCAUGAUGAACUUUAUGGAAAUUAUGACAAUUUCAGAGAUUGGAGAGAUGGAGUAUUCUCAACCAUUCUGAGAGAAGUUGUUAAAGAUACCAAAGAAAACAAACAUCAUUGGAUUGUUUUUGAUGGUCCUGUGGAUACUCUUUGGGUUGAAUCGAUGAACACUCUACUUGAUAACUCUAAAAUGUUAACUUUAAUUAGUGGUGAUCGAAUUGCUCUUUCUCCAAAUGUUCGUCUGAUUUUUGAGGUUUCAGAUGUGAGUUAUGCUUCACCAGCAACGAUUAGUCGAUGUGGAAUGGUCUUCUUUAAUGCCAAUGAAUUGGGUUGGCAAUCCAUUGUCAAGAGUUGGUUAUAUCAACGAAGAAGAUAUGAAGAAAAAAUUGGUUAUCCUUCUCCAGAUACCAUCACAGAAUUUUUGAAUGGACUUUUAUUUGAAAAGAAUUACAUUCAAAGAACAUUGGAUGAGAAAAAUCGUCAAACGGAAUUCAUUCAUUUGUCGGACAUUCAUGCCGUCAAGUCUUUUUGUUCCAUGUUUGAUGCUCUUGCAACUGUUGAAAAUGGUCUUGAUCCAAAUGAUCACGAAUUGUAUUUAGAUCUUAUUAAGAAGUAUCUUGUAUUUUGUUUAAUUUGGACGAUUGGAGCUUCUGUGGAUGAUGAAGGAAGAAAGAGGAUGGAUAUUAUUUUCAGAGAAUUUGAUCCUCAAUUUCCAAGUUCUGACACUGUCUAUGAAUACUUUAUUGAUACAAAGACCAAAUUAUGGAAACCAUGGAAUGAACGUGUGAAUACAUCAUGGAAAAUGCAUCCGAAUACUCCUUUCCACAAAUUAAUUGUUCCAACCAUCGAUACAGUCAGAAACUCAUUCAUGAUUCAUUCCUUAUUGAAAGCCAAUCAACAAGUGUUGAUCACUGGAAUGCCAGGUGUUGGAAAAACUCUUCAAAUUCAAAACACACUCUCACAAUUUGAUGAACGACAAUUUACCACUUGUCAAAUUGCUUUUUGUGCUCGAACUCGAUCAUCCACACUCCAACAACUGGUCGAAUCCAAAGUUGAAAAAUCAUUGGAUACUUUUACACCCUAUGCAGGAAAGACUAUGAUUCUCUUUGCAGAUGAUUUUAAUACACCUGAAAAAGAUGACUAUGGUUCUCAACCACCAUUAGAACUGAUUCGUCAAUAUCUGGAUCAUGGUUUUUGGUAUGACCGUACAAGGAAUACCGUUAAAAAGUUGAAAAAAGUUCAAGUGUUGGCUGCCAUGGGACCUGUGGGUGGAGGACGAACACAAAUUUCCAAUCGACUCUUAUCAAGAUUUAAUGUACUCAAUAUUACAGCUCCAAGUGAUUCUCAAUUGAAUCGAAUUUAUAGCACUCUCUUGAGUCAAAGAUUAGAAAAAUUGGAAGAAGUGAAAACAUUGAGUGAAGAAUUGACUCAUGCUACGAUUGGACUCUUCAAGUCAGUUUCAACCUAUUUAUUACCCACUCCAAAGAAAAUUCAUUAUUCAUUCAAUCUUCGAGAUUUAUCAAAAGUAUUCCAAGGUCUCAUUCUUGCUGAUCAUGAAUCCUUGGAUAGCAAAGAACAAACUUUAAGACUUUGGGUUCAUGAAUGUUACCGAGUGUUCCAUGAUCGACUUUGUGAAGAAGAAGAUCGAAAAUGGUUCAGAGAUAAGGUUGGAGAACAACUCUCAGAUGUGUUUGGUUACAAAUGGAAGCGUUUGUUUAGUGGAGUCUAUGAUGAAAUUUUAAAUUCUCUUCCCAACACUAGUGUUUCAUUUGUAUCGAAUCAUGGAGCCGUUGAAUAUUCAACCGCAACCACCACAACCGCAACCACCACAACACCAUCAUCAUCAUCACUUUCAUCCUCUCUCAUUUCUGCUCAAGACUUUCAAGACAGUGAGGGUAUUUUCAAACCAACCUUGUUUGGAGAGAUUUUAACAUUUAGAGAAAAGACAAGUUAUGUUGAAAUGACUUCCAUGGAUGCUUUGAGAAAACAAAUUAGUACAAAUCUUGCUGAAUACAAUGAAAAGCCCAAUCAAGUACCAAUGAAGAUGGUGUUAUUUAAUGAUGCGAUUGAACACUUGUGUCGACUUCAUAGAAUUUUAAAGCAACAACGAGGAAAUGCUUUAUUGAUUGGAAUUGGUGGAAGUGGAAGACAAAGUCUUACCAAAUUGGUUUCCUACAUGUUGGGUUACAAACUUGUGGAAUUUGUUAACAUGUCUUCUCUAAAAGAAUUCCAAGAAAGUUUGAAAGACAUUUAUUGGGAAGCUGGUUUCAAGGGUAAAGAAAUGGUCUUGUUAUUCUCAGACUCUGAAUCCACUGAUCAUGCCAUUCUUGAGAACAUGAAUAGUAUUUUAAGCACUGGAGAAGUUCCAAAUCUAUUCUCUGGAGAAGAAAUUCAAAAUAUUUAUGAAACUUGUAAAAAGGAAGCAAUGAUUCAUGGAGGAUGUAAUGAUCUCAUUGAAGAAGUCUAUCAAUAUUUUAUUGAAAAAGUGAGAACUCUUCUUCAUGUCGUUUCAUGUAUGAGUCCUAUUGGUAAAUUAUUCAAGCAAAGAAUUCGAAUGUAUCCAGCAUUUAUCAAAUACUCUACAUUGGAUUGGUACAGUGAUUGGCCAGAAUCUGCUCUCCGACAAGUUGCAAAUUCAUUCCUUGCAGAAAUUCCUUCACUCGACCAAUUGGUCAUUCAAAACAAGGAAGAAUCUUUAGACGGAAAAAGACCAUCCUCUCCAUCGUUGAACAAACCACAACUGGAACAACAAAAAGCUCUAUUAGACGCAAUUUCUGAAGUGUUAUUCAAAGUUCAUUUCCAUGCCAAGUCCACUUCAGAAAAGAUGAAAAUUGAAACACAACGUCAAUUUUAUGUGACUCCUUCUCAUUACUUGAGUUUUGUCACUGAUUUUUGUAAUCUCUUAGAAGAAAAGAGAAGAGAAUUUACAAAAGCUGUUGAAGACAAUGAGAGAGGAGUUCGAACACUUGAAAAUACCAAUCAAGCGAUCAAAAAGAUGACCAUUCAACUUGAUAAACAACACAAAGAAGUAGAUGAAAAGAAAAAGAAGUGUGAUAACUUGAUGGAUCAUAUUGUAGGAAGACAAACGGAAUGCAACAAUAUUAGAGGUCAAAUUAGUGUUGAAAAAUCUCAAAUUGAAAGUGAAACAGAAAAAGCAAACAAACUCUCUGAACAAAGUCGAAAACAAUUGAGUGAAGUUGAACCUCUUCUUGAAAGUGCAGAAGAAGCUCUCAAAUCCAUUCAAGCCAAUGACAUUUAUGAAAUUAAGAAGUACACAAAUCCUCCACCUGAAGUGUUGAAUGUCUUCAAUGUCAUUAUGGUCAUUUUAAAGAAAUCAGAAUCGAAUUGGGAAGCCAUCAAAAAUCAAAUGACAAAUCCACUCAAAUUUUUAAAUUCUCUUGUGGAAUAUCCAAAGACUGAAAUGACUGAACGAUUAUUGAACAGUAUUCAUAAUGCCAUUGAAAAGUAUGAAUUGAAUAAUCUUGAAAAGAUUGAAGCAGUCUCAGGAGCUGUUGUAGGACUUGCAAAAUGGGCAAUUGCUAUUGAAAGAUAUGGCCGUGUCUAUUUGAAUGUAAAACCAAAACGAGAAGCUCUUGAAAAAGCAGAAAAAGCAGCACAAGAAUAUCAAUUGAAAUUAGAAAAGACAACACUUGCUUUGAAAGAAUUUGAAAAAGAACUUUCAGAAUUAGGUAAACAAUACGAAGAAAGAGAAAAGGGAAGAUGGCUCAUGACCAUUCAAAGAUAUAAGAAUGCUCUUAAAAAUUUAAUUGGAGAUGUGUUAUUGACUUGUGCAUUUACAAGCUAUGCUGGUCCAUUCACACCUUCUUACAGAAAUGAACUUGUCUCUUUUUGGACCAAAGAAAUUGUGGAUCAUAGUUUCUCUGUGAGUGCAGAUUUUGCGAUUGAAAAAGUACUUUCCAAAUCCACCACAGUUCGUGAUUGGAAUACACAUGGAUUACCUGUAGAUCAAUUCUCCAUUCAAAAUGGUGUUCUUGUCAUGACUGGAAGAAAACAUUCCUUAAUGAUUGAUCCUCAAGGACAAGCAAAGAAUUGGAUUAAAAAGUUGUAUGAAUAUGACAAGAUGAAAAUAGAAAAUGCAAAACUGUUUGUGAGUACAACUUUUAAAGAUCCUAAAAUGAUGAAAUUACUUGAAAUUGCAUUGAAAACUGGUACACCCAUGUUAAUUGAAGAUAUUUUAGAAGAUAUUGAUCCUUCUCUGAAUUGUAUUAUUAAUCAAUCCAUUGAAACGAGAUCUGGAAGAACAUUUAUUAGACUUGGUGAGAAAUUGGUGGAUUAUCAUCCAAACUUUAAAUUAUUCUUAACCACCAAAUUAUCCAAUCCAAAAUAUUCUCCUGAAAUUGCUUCUUCUUUAUCUAUUAUUAACUUUUCAGUGACCAAUCAUGGAUUAGAAGAACAAUUACUUGCCAUUUUAGUGAGAAAAGAAAAACCAGAAUUAGAAGAACAAAAAACGAGUACCAUGAUCUCUGUAGCUAGUGCCAAUAAGCAACUUGAAAUGUUACAAAAUGAAAUUCUACAAGCAUUGACAAGUGAUCAAAGUGAAGAACUUUUAGAAAAUGAAACUUUAAUUUCCAAUCUUCAACAAUCGAAAAAGACAAGUGAAGAAGUGUCGAAUCGACUUGAAAUUUCACAAGAAAAUGAAAAGAAAAUUGAUCAUGCACGUAAUCAAUACAGAGAAGCAGCAACAAGAGCAUCCAUUUUGUAUUUUGCUCUUAUGGAUUUGGGUGCUAUUAAUGUCAUGUAUCAACAUUCCUUAGAAUCCUAUAUUGAGUUAUUUAAAAAGAGUAUUGAAAAUAGUCCAAAACCAAAAGGAAGAUCAGAUCAACAAAUUCAACAACGUAUUGAAAUGUUGAAUGAAUUCCAUACGUAUGAAUUUUACAAAAAGACAUGUCAAGGACUCUUUGAGAAACACAAAUUACUUUUUAUUUUCCAUUUAUGUAUCAAGUUAUUGCAAAGUGAAGGAAAGUUGAAUUCAGAAGAAUAUGACUUUUUUCUUGAAAGGACAUUCCAUUGA